UGAGAGAGAGAGAGAGAGAGAGAGAGAGGGGGAAUGAGUAAUAAACGGUUAUACGAGAAAAAGGAAUUGUUCAGCUGGCACAUUAAGGACAUGUCCUGAGUGUUACGUCCGCUGCGUUUACUCGUGUUUGGUUUUCUGAGGGACAUUUUCUGACUGACGCUCUUCUGCACGAAAAAAUUCAGAUGAUGGAUGGCUCGAACGAUAAGUCGGCGUCGAGCGUGAACGCUAACAGCAUCAAGAUUACUGACGUCACGCAGGACGGAGACAUGCUAACUUUCGCCAUCGCGUCUCAGAAGCUGAGCAGCGAUAAAGGGAUCUGCGUCUUUAGGACCUAUGAGGAUUUCGACUGGCUGCAGCAGAGUCUUUUCUCUCAUGAAGAUGAUGCAGAACUCCAUGGAGUGAUAUUUCCUCCUCUUCCAGCCAGACCUCUACCUUCCAGCUCACACACCCAGGCUAAAGCACUGAAACUCCUGGGCUUCCUGGCUCUGGGAGAUAACUGGCAGCUUUACUGUAAGGCUUUAGAGUUUUACCUGCAGCAGGUGGCAGCACACAGCAUCCUGGGAAAAAACAAAUCACUGCACAGCUUCCUCAGCAGCACAGAGUUACCGGGGAAACAGCGCAGCAAAAAGGGCAUCUUCGACCGCCUCAGUCACGCCAUGGAGGAAAUGAGGAAGGAGGGACACAGGGACGUGGACGAAUUCUUUCACAAUGAGAGAGAAAGCAGCACACACAUGACCGCUCUGUUUAAAGCUACCACAGAGAAAUUCCUCGACACCGUGCUGACCAAGCAGAGGCUUUCUCUGGCAUGUGGUCAUUUCUCCACCUCAUUACGUCUCUGUGUUACUCAGGACAAUCCGUCUGCUGCAGCCUCCAAGAUUUGUCUGAAGCUGUCAGAUAUAAUGGAUGCAGUGAAAAACAACCUUGACAAAGUUUCAGAGAAUGACGUGUUCACCUUGGGGUUGGGUUUGGAUAUCGAGUCUCGCUACCAGGAGGCAAAGAGAGAGAUGUUGUUUAGAAGAACCUGUAAACUAGUGGAACUGGAAACCAUCAUUAAGAACGCAGAAAAAGCCAAACCCAAUAGGAAAGCAGUUGUGGACAAAAUUCAGAUCAUCACACAGAAAGAGUUUAAUCUCAUCUCAGCAGUGGCCAAGGAAGAGAUCGAUUGGUACCAUAAAGCACGUGUGAGCGUGUUGCGAGACUUCCUGAGCCUCUGGUGUGAGAAGCAGCUACACACAGCCAGAGAAUCUGCUGCUCUCUUCUCUCAGCACCUGGAGGCUUUUAGACAAUUUCCAGUCUAAUACAACAUCUCUCGUAUUGAAACAUUUACUGCUUUCUGUUAAACACUUACCUGCUUAAAUGUUUUACUAAUCAGACAGAAUUCUCUUGUCUUUUCUCCUGGAUUGUCAUUUGUCUGGAAUAUAACUGACUGACGCUUUAAAGGAAAUGAAUGAUGUCUCGUGUUCCACUUUAUAAUACAGAAAAUAAUGAAACAGAUAAUGAAUAUCAGUCAGUUGGAAUCACUAAAACCUCUUAACAACCCAGGAUUGAUUUUUUUUUUUUUUUUGGUUUGUGUUUUAUAUUACAUCACAACACAGCACUGAUGAAUUCUCAAAGCUGAUUGGUCAGAAGGUGUUGAUUCAUUUUCCAGAACCUCAGCUCACUAAAAAACUCAAGGUUUUUUACGGACAUUAACGUUCGAUUCGAUGUUAUUUCAUUAGCGCCAAUUUUAACAAUGGACAUUGUCUCAAAGCAGAAUGUAAGAAACAUAAUAGUACCAAAAGUCCUAGAUGUUGGGACAAAAUCAUCCCUAGUGACCAAAUGUGCUGUUUGCUUCUGUUGGAUGUAAGGACUAAAAACUUGUGUACUCGUUGUCAUGGUGACAUUUGCCGUGGAAGGAGUCUCCGGUAUCAGGGGUUGACUGUGAGCCGUUUCUCAGGUGGUUUUCAUUCAGAGUUCAAGUCUGAAAUGUAGGUGGUGGGGGGGGGGGGUGUUGGCGGCUCAAGUGGUCAAGGCGCUGGGUCGUUGAUCGGAAGAUCAGGGUUCAAGCCCCACCACUGCCAAGCUGCCACCGUUGGGCACUUGAGCAAGGCCCCCAACCCCCCCUUCUCCAGGCAUGCUGCUGCAUCAUGGCUGACCCUGUGCUCUGACCCCAACUCUCCAAAGAUGGGAUAUGUGAUGAAAGAAUUUCACUGUGCUGUAAUGUAUAUGUGACAAAUAAACACUACUUAACUGAA